UCAUCUAAAUCAACUCCAGAUCAGAUUCAAAAGGCAUUCAAUAAGUAUAUUGAAAGCAUAAGAAGCUAUUAUAAAUGCAAUCGAGCUAAUAGUUCACAAGAAGAUUAUGAAGAUAAUAUCCGAGCUCUUAACGCAUUCAAAUCUUGGAUAAAUUCAACAAUGUUUACUAAAAUUAAUCGAUUAGAAAGCAAAAACCGUAGAUUAGAAAAGAGGAACUAUCAACAAACAAAAGAGAUCAAAGAUUUAAGAAAAGAAAAUAAUUUCUUAAGGAAGCAAAAUGAGGCUUUAAAAAUAGCCGUUAUGCAUUCAGCUCAGGUAUAUAAAAAUAACGACGAAGAAUAUCAGAGCGAGAUAACUCAACUUCGUCAAAUUCUUGGAGAGAUCGCUUUAUCAUGUCAAGAAUGUAAUAUUGAUUUUAAUAUGGUUAAUAGAAUUUUACAAAAAAAUGGAAUUAAAAUUUUGGGUACUCAAAAACGUUAUUCAAGUUAUCAUGAAGCUUUUGAAGCUGCUAGUUUGCAAAACAUUAACCAGGAUAGUGAAUAUUCAUUACCACGAUCAGUUUCUUUUUAUGAACCUGAACCUGAAGAUGGUGAAUGUUCUAAUAGAAGAAAUCUUUGA